AAAAACUCCAAAAAUUAAGCAGAGAAGAAGAAGAAGAAGCAAUGGCGGAACUAGGCUUGCCGAGAAUCGAUGAGAAGAAGCCAUGGCGAGUUCUCGAGUUCUACAGUGGAAUCGGUGGGAUGAGAUACUCUUUGACGGCGUCGGGCGUAGUCGCAGAAGUAGUAGAAGCUUUUGAGAUCAAUGAUUCUGCUAAUGAUGUUUAUCAGCAUAAUUUCAAACACCGUCCCUAUCAGGGAAAUAUUCAAAGCCUCACUGCUGAUGAUUUAGAUAAGUAUAAUGCAGAUGCUUGGCUUCUUUCUCCUCCGUGUCAACCUUAUACUCGACAAGGCCUUCAGAAACACUCUGGUGAUGCUCGGGCAUUUUCGUUUCUCAGGAUUCUUGAGCUUAUACCACAUACAACUAAGCCUCCACAGAUGUUAUUUGUAGAGAAUGUUGUUGGGUUUGAGACUUCGGAUACCCAUAUGGAAAUGAUCGAUACACUAACAAAAUUAGAUUAUGUCACACAAGAGUUUAUUUUGAGUCCGUUGCAGUUUGGUGUUCCGUAUUCAAGGCCACGCUAUUUUUGUCUGGCCAAACGAAAGCCUCUGCCAUUUAAGUCUCAACUUGGAUAGAGAUCAUCGAUGGACCUCUUGAAGUUGAACCUGAAACUGAACCGCUUCAUGCUAAGUCCCAAAGUUCUCACAAGGAGACAGCCACUGCCUCUGCUUCUGCUUCUGCUUCUGCUUCUGCUGCUGAAAGUGGAGGAACAAAUGACCGAGGAAGAAAAGGUCGUCAUGUCACAAAUCCUGAGCAAUACCUCUUGAAUCCCGAAAACCCUUACUUUGUGAAAGCGGUGACAAAACGGAAUGACGUUCUGUAUGUGAGCCGACCUGCGGUUCAUAGGUAUGACUUGAAGUUUGGUCCUCUUUAUUCCACCAUUAACUACCUUCUCCCCGGGGGCAAAAAAGUGGAAGGCAUUCUAAGGCUCUAUAACGGGCAUCAGUGUUUCAGUGGGUGGUCGAAUUUAUGUCGGAAGCAUAACCUGCAUAUCGGAGACUCUGUGGUUUGCGAAAUUGAACGGUCAGGUGGUCUGGUUUCGGCUAUUAGAGUGCAUUUCGUCAAUGAAGACAAGACUAGUCCUCGCUAGUAACAAUAUCUCAACCAACUCAACUGUUGUAAUGCUAAAUGUGACAUUUAUGUUUGUUUAAUAAACCUUGUAUGUUUAAGAUGUCGAAUACUGUGCUGGUAAGUUUAGACUAAUGUCACCUUAACUAAGAGUAAACACACCGAUGAGUGUUCAAGACUAA